AUGGUCUCGACACGCUCCUCCUCCCGCGCCCUCCCCAACGGCGUCGACUCCCCCCAGUCUUCCGUCUCCCCUCCCCCUCGCGCCCGCGUGCCGCGGGACAACCAGUCCGCGCCGACAGGCUGGUCCCAUGCGCCGACCUCGUUGACGCUCUUCUGGCUGCUCGUGUCGUUGCCGCUGGUGGCAUGGGACACGGGAUACGUGCUCCUGCGCCCGUGGACCAUGCCCGGCGGCCACCUCCACUGGCCGCUGUACGUCCCCUACAAGCUGUACGGCGAGGUGGACCACGUCUACGGGUGGAAGGCCUUCAACGCGAACAACGGCUUCACGUCCGCCCAGGGCACGCUGAACCUCGUCGAGAGCAUCAUGUACCUCGUGUACGUGUGGAUCUACUUUUCCCGGGGAAAGGCGGUCGAGGGCCCGGCCGGCGUGAAGAAGGUCGUCGGCGGACGCGCGGGUGCUCUCGGCGUCGUUGUCGGGUUUAGCGCGGCCGUUAUGACGUUGAGCAAGACUGUGCUGUAUUGGGCAAACGAGUAUUACUCCGGCUUUGACAACAUUGGUCACAACCCGCCCAUGGACCUUCUCUUCCUCUGGAUCAUCCCCAACGGCGCGUGGCUCCUGGGAUCCGGAUACAUGAUCAUGUCGCUUGGCGGCGAAAUCGUUGAUGGUUUGGCACUAGCCUCAAAGACGACCAAGACCGAGUGA